AUGGAGGCGCGAAGGGUCAUCAAGAUGGCUAAAGGCGAAUACCCCAGCGAGCAACCCGCCGGAAGCGGAAGCCGCGGGGGCACCGUUGCUGACGCUUCUACGUGGGCGGGAAAUCCCGUCCCGCCUCAGUCUCCGUGGCAACUGUCCGGCGCUGGCGGUUCGGUCGCCGGUGGAGCGUGGCUCACGGCCCCAGUGGCCGGGUCCCUCUAUCCCGAGGACGCCGCGGGCUCUCAGAGGCAGCGGCGCGGCUUUCCCGCACAGGCCCGACGCUCCCCGUGGGGAGGCCGCUCUCACUGCCGCGGCCGCGAGUGUCUCAGGCCUCCGCGGGGGGUGUCGGGCGUCAGCGCCCCGUGCCCGCCCGGCCGCCCUGAGGCUCGGACUGGCGCCGGGGCCCGCAACUACGCGUUCUCGUCCUCUUCCGUCGACUGUGGUGGAUGCCGCUACCACGACCACCAGUAUGCGGGCGACCCGCAGUGGGCCGGAGAGCAGGAGCAGGAGGAGGACGAGAACUAUUGGCAGAGGAGGUUGAAAGAGAGGGAAAGGGCUGGGGAGCUGGGAGCUCCUGAGGUGUGGGCGCUGUCCCCAAAGUGUCCUGAGCCGGAUUCUGAUGAACACACCCCAGUGGAGGAUGAAGAGGUAAAGACUCAGGAGGAGACCAGCAGUUCAGAUUCCAGCUCCGAAGAAAAAGAGAAUACCAGACGUGCAAAAAGCAAGCAAGCAAGCAAGAAAAAGGCCAAAAGGAAACAUAGGAAACAUGAUAAUAGUGAUAGUAAUUCAGACUCCGACACUAAUUCUAGCUCUGAUGAUAAAAAGAGAGCCAAAAAAGCCAAGAAGAAGGAAAAGAAGAAGAAACACAGGACAAAAAGAAUCAAGAAGAAGAAAAAGACUAAAAAAGAAUCCAGUGACUCAAGCUUUAAAGAUUCAGAAGGGGUGUUGCCAGAAGAUAUCUGGGUUGAGCAAUCAAAGAUUGCAGACACCACGGAUCUAAUAGGUCCAGAGGCACCUGUAACACGCACCUCUCAAGAUGAGAAACCUUUGAAUUAUGGCCAUGCUCUGCUCCCAGGUGAAGGUGCAGCAAUGGCUGAGUUUGUAACAGCUGGAAAGCGAAUCCCAUGAAGAGGUGAAAUCGGGCUGACAAGUGAGGAGAUUGCUGCAUUUGAACGCUCAGGUUAUGUCAUGAGUGGUAGCAGGCAUCGUAGAAUGGAGGCUGUGCGACUGCGGAAGGAGAACCAGAUCUGCAGUGCUGACGAGAAGAGAGCUCUCGCACCCUUGAACCAGGAAGAGAGACGAAGAGAGAAUAAGAUUCUAGCCAGCUUCUGAGAGAUGGUGUACAGAAAGACAAAAGGGAGAGAUGACAAGUCAGGACUUUCUGUUGCACAGCGGGACUUCUAACAACAAUUUUCCAUGGCCAAAAUAAUAUGAAAAGACUUAAUGGUGCUACUCAAUCUGUGAUGUUAGGAAGUCCUUCAAGAAAAAGCUGCUGAGAUAUCUCUACUUAAUAAGUGCACAUGGUUGAAAAAAUAUUCAAACACUACAGUUGUAGUUAAUAAAAGCUCUUUACCCCAAG